CCUGGUAAGCUCCUAAGUGACGUCAAUGUUGUGCGACCUAAUGUGGACGCAGUUGACAGGUCAGAUCUGUCAGAAGACGCCGGCUACUUUCUCAAAUGCAAUUCCGGCAAUUGCACAGUAAAAUCCUCCAAACCCAUCAUCGUUUACCAUAGACGGGGAGGCCCGACGGACCCAGGCAUCGGCAGGCAUGUCGUACUGCAGGCAAGAAGGAAAAGAUCGCAUCAUCUUUGUGACCAAGGAGGACCAUGAAACCCCCAGCAAUGCUGAGUUGAUUGCAGAUGACCCUAAUGAUCCUUAUGAGGAGCAAGGUCUGAUCCUGCCAAAUGGAGAGAUCAACUGGAACUGCCCGUGCCUGGGUGGCAUGGCCAGUGGGCCCUGUGGCACUCAGUUCAAGGAGGCCUUCUCCUGUUUCCACUAUAGCAAGGAGGAAGUGAAGGGCUCUGAGUGCAUCGAUAACUUCCGUAACAUGCAGGAGUGCAUGCAGAGGUACCCCGAGCUUUAUCCCCAAGAGGAAGAUAAUGAAAGCUCCUCCCAAGCAGAGUCCAACACCGGUGCUCCCUCUGCCACUUCAGCCCCCAACAGUGACUCUACCCUUGCUGAUGCAGCUUCCGAGUCUGCUCCCUCGUCUGCCAGCACACCACCCACAGACAGCCAGACUGCCAGCUAAGACCAAACACUUGUCCUCCACAGUCCUUCGUUCUCUCUGUGUACACACACUGCCCAGCCUAGAUCACUCUCCAUGAGGAGCUCAGCAGUGUGUUUUCCGAUUGGCCUUACACCGUCUCUGGUUUUAACACCACUCGUCACAAGGAGGAAGGGUUUUAAAAAAAAAAAAACAAAAAAAAAACAGAGGCCCCUGGGAUGGUGCGGUCUUGACACUUUCAGGCAAUAAGGGAAGGAUUUUACAGACUGAGAGAAAUGAGACAUAUUACUUAGACAUAGGCUGUUUCAUCUACUGAGCACUUGGAAGAUCCUGGGAUAAUAUGUUUUAGUGACAAUAUGAGGUACUUUCUGCAGGGAAAUUCACUGAAAGACAUAUGCAAUAGGAAUUCAGUUUGCCGUGUAUUUUCAUGCUUCAAAUCAGAUUUUUCUGUUCCGAUGUGCAUCACUACUUCUCAAUGUGUGUCGCUCUGUUAACAUCACUUGUCAGACCACUGGAUAAUGUUCACUGGACAGCCUAGUAAUUAUAGUCAACAAAUCUUGUGCUCAAGCUUGUGAAGUGUCUUUCUGGUGUAUGUUUGCUGUUGACUUAAAACAGUCAGUUUAAUUCAAGGCGCUUUACAGUUGGAUCUAUUUUCUUUCCUUUGCUUGAGACCAAAACACAGAAUCCUUCAAAGUUAAGGAUUAAGUAUUUCCAUGUUUCUUUCCCCAUAGUAGACCACCUCUGAAAAACAAUGCCCACAUUCUUGCUUAUAAACAAACAGCUAAGCCUUUUCAGUCUUUUUCACAGCUGAAGCCUUGCAGAUUACUUCAAACCUUACCUUCCAGUGGUUUAAACUGUUAUUUAACAUAUAACUUGAAGGCCUAGUGGCUAAAUAGGCUAUAUCUGGUGCUGGAUGAACAAAAUGUGGUAGUAACUUUCCUUCACAGACUCUACAUCUGGCUUAGGCAGACCCACAAAGGCACCACCAUGUGUCCCUAUUGAUGCUUAAGUGUUUCAUUGUCCCAAAAUUGUCCUCCAGAAUCUAAGGCUCCACUCAGAUUCAAGAUGCUGUGUUUGUCAUUUCAAAUGAAUGUGAUUCAAGCCUUAAUGGACUUGACAUUUGUCCCUCGAACGUGUCCACAUUAAAAUGAACACUGAACUGUA